GGCCGGGACUGGCUGAGCCGCCAGCAGCACCCGGUGUGCGUGGACAACGGGUGUUUUGGGAACGCCAACCACCUGCACCGUGGCGCGCCGGGCUUGGGUCUGGGCAGGUCUCUUACGCCAAGGGAUGCAGGCUCUGCUCGCAGGCCCGAGCAGCCCAGGAACGAGCCCGAAGAGGACUUCUAUGUCUCCACUGAGUCACCCCCGAGGCUGGAGGAGACUGCUUGCAGCAGGGGUCCGCAGCCCCCAGACUCACUGCAAAAAAAACAGGCUGUGCCCGGCUCCGAGCACGGUGAGCCCCCGGGCAGCUUUGUGGAUGUGCGCAGCCCCCUCCUCAUACAGCAGCAGUUCGAUGCGGAGCAGAAGCGGGUCGGGAUGCUGCAAGAGCAAGGAGGAGAUGGAGACACUUGGAUGGAAACAACCACCCUGGUCGCUACCCCUGCGCCCAGAGACGCUCCCCCAUCCUGCGACACCUCCUUGAAGCCUCCUGUACAAGAGAAAAAUCUGCCCACGGGAGAGACGGCCAGCAGCACCCCUUCCAUGCCGACGAAGGAGAAAGUGCUCCUGGCCUCGGCGGACCCUCAUCUGACAGUUGCAGGAAGCUCUGAAGGCACGUCUGGGAGGACAGCCUCCCAGGUGAGCUCUGCCACGAGCAUCUGGGCAUCUUGCAGCAACGUGGAGAGGGAUGUGGAGCUCAGCAAGCCAGGCGUCCUUCUCUCCAUGGCUGGGGAGAGCCCAGAGGCGGCCGGCAGAUGCCCGAGCUCUCAGGGGCGCAGCGGCCCCUAUUCCAGGGCAUCCAAUAGCCUCACCUUCAGCAGCGACCCACUCUUGGUGAGCACAGAUAGCUCGAGCUCCGGAGAAACGCUCUCCAGAGCCUCCUUGGGAUGCCCGGCUCCAGCGGCUCGUGAAGACCCUGGGGGAGAGGAGGCAGCUGGAGCAAGCAGAGACUCCCAUCCACCUCCGAGCUGGGACAGCACCUCCCUGGGCACCCACGAGGUCCGCGUGGACCAUUACCCCAGCACCCAGCUCGGGGCAAGCAGCGAUCUCCAAGACGGAGCCGGUCCCCUUGGAAACUCUCCAGUUUUUGACUCUAGCAGGGGCCGUGGCAAUGCGACCAGCAUAUCUCAGGCCAAAGUCCCCCCAGGGGACAGCAACGGACCAUCCCUGCCAUACAUCGUUCCAGCUGUGGGCAUCGCUCUGAUUUCAGCUGUGGCGUUUCUGGUGUACGCUCGAUUCCAGAAAUAG